UGUGUGUGAUUUGGAGGCUGGGGUGCAGUGUUGGGUAGUGGGACGAAAAGGCAGCCUGUAGUCGGGGUAGGGCGAAGUCCGCAGCCUUUUCUUUUCCCCUCCCCCGAUCAUAUAUUCUGAUCGCGGGACUUAAUCAUGACUCGAGUCAGUUAAUUUAAAAAGAAAGUUGCUGCCAGUUCAGUGUUGAGAGUUUAAAAGUGUGUGUAUAUGUGUCCCUGUCUGUAAAUCAGAGUUUGCUUAUCACUGCAACAAAAAAAUAGCGUGGGAGUGACUGGGGGAGGAAGAGCAGGAGUGGUAGCUGAUCUGUUUCUCUUUCAUUUUAAAAUUUAAAUCCCUGGUUUUUUUUCGGGACCCACUGGCUUUUUUUGAAUCAGAAGGAAGCUUUAACUAGAACUGCUACCAAAGGGACUUGUAAUCUGCGGAAGUUAGAUUUUUUUCUCUCUGUUCGCCCUCGCUCCCUCUCUCUCUCUCUCCCUGCGUGAGAGAAGCGGGGUAGCAAGCAGCCGGCUUCCCGCACACGGAGUCGGGACUCCAGCCAGCGAGGCUCUUUUUUUUCCCCCUCCUGAGUGAUGCUUUGUGUUGCGCUGUGUGUCUGCAAAUUUUCACAAUCACCAUGAGCAUGGCCAACGACACAUACGCAUUUGUAAAAGACAUUAAGCCAGGAAUGAAAAAUUUAAAUGUCAUCUUUAUUGUUCUGGAAAUAGGUCGAGUUACCAAAACUAAAGAUGGACAUGAAGUGAGGUCGUGCAAAGUAGCUGAUAAAACUGGCAGCAUCACAAUUUCAGUGUGGGAUGAGGUUGGAGGUCUAAUACAGCCUGGGGAUAUCAUUCGCUUGACAAGAGGCUAUGCUUCAAUGUGGAAAAACUGCCUAACACUCUAUACCGGGAGAGGUGGUGAUCUUCAAAAAAUAGGAGAGUUUUGUAUGGUAUAUUCAGAAGUACCCAACUUUAGUGAACCAAAUCCAGAAUACCUCAACCAGCUGAACCAAACAAACAAAGUUGCACAAAGUGAACAUAGAAACAAUUCUCCUCCUAGUCAGCUGGCUACAAAUGGACAGAUGCAAGCAGGAAAUGGCUCACAAUGUGGGCUGUUGCAAGGGGGACUUCCCCCAUCAAGCAAUAACCAUCAACAACAACAGAAUCCUAAUUUUGUAGGUGGCGGAAGACCCAAUGGACGGGGACCAAUAAGUCAGCCACCGAUGACUCUAGCGCAAGGAUCUGCAGCAAUCACCACUGUUAGCAAUGGAAGAGACCCACGUAGAGCAUUCAAAAGAUGAUGUGCCAUGUGUAUAUGUCAGCCUUGUCAACUCUACGCCCUACUUGAACCCACUCGAUGCACUUUUAUUUUUACAUAACUGAGUUUGUAUGUUUUUGUUUUAAUCCUCUUAAUUAAGAUGGGAUUUUGAACUGUAAAACAUUUGGCUCAAUAGUUGAGGUGUCUUGCAGUGUUCAAGCUGCACAAAACGUAUUGAGCUGAAAAUGAGUUGUGAAAGUAGAGGUGAUUGUGUUGAGAGCAGUGGGGGAAAAGAAAUUAGGUAAAAUGUCAAUAAAAUUCCAUUAAAUUACUGAUAGCAUAUAGUGAAAGCUAUUCUGUCACCUUACUGUCGUUGGGUGUUGUUCAUGUAUCCUCUGCUAAACUUACAAAGGAGAUACCUCUCCAAUUGGUUUAUCAUAGUGCAGGAAGUUGCCAUUGUGCUGUAAUGAUGUUUUUAAAGCUGCUUUUCACUAAAAUUACUAACUUCCAAAGAUGAGAGCUUAGCUUUCCUGUAUAGUUUGUCAUCCCCAGCUGGAGUAGUGGUCUGAUGUAAUGGUUUGCUUCUGUGGUCUAAAGAAGCAUGUCUCAUUCAGGCGACUGAGCAGUGCCUUUUGCUGGAGGAGAGCAGGAUGGAGGUUGGAAUAUCAUAUCCAAUCAUGUUUUGCUGUUGAAUAGCCAGCUGCCAAGUUAAGGAAUGUCACUAAGAACACAAGAUAGCUGGCAUCUGUUACUUUAUCUUAAUGAAUUCUUUUUAAUAUUGGGGAAGAUACUGAAAAUCUCAUUGGACUCUUCUAAAAGCCAUAGGGAAAAGCAUAUGUGCAGAGGUAUUCUGCAAUUGGACCCUUAUUGCGCAUCAGUUUUUUUGCAUUGACACCAAUGCAGUUUAACACUGGAUCUGAGCUGACAGGCUGUUACUACCAUCAUUACAGAAAUGUUUAUGAUUUGUAAAUGUGUAACUGCUCAUUAAGUACAAUUUUAACAUGUCUGCUUACAUAUUUUUUAAUGAGCACGAGCACUAACACCAAUGUCGAUGAGAGUUUUAAAUGCUCAAACCUUACAGUAUGUUAAGAUCAAGUGAUUUAUUUCUUGCUUCCUGCCCAAGUGUUCUGUGCAAUUUUAAACUAUGAUCCAAGCCUAACUUUAGAUAUCUAAUUACAGCAUUGCUGCUGUAAUUCCACCACUUUAGAGGGGUGGGGAAGUUAUUCCACUGCCUGACCCAGCACUUCAUUCUGUGGGACCUAGACUGUGUGAAUUAGGUACCACACUUGCUGCGUUGUGGUGUUGACUGCAACUCGGAAGUAGUUCAUUGGUGACCUGAAGAGAAGAAUGAUGCUAUGCAGUUUCAGGUUUUCUACUGUGUACCUAUUUGCACAAAGGUAUACAACAAAUCUCUAGUGUUAUUUGUUAGUCUGUAUUUUGGGUGAAUAAAAGUCUUUCACCUGUAUGUUUUAAGGGGACUGGAACAGCUUUUAAACUUGUUUAAAUCAAUACCAAGCUGCUCAAUUUAAACCCUUUUUUAAAGGGUUUGUUGAUGUUUUUACAGAAUGUGAUCUGGUAAAACCAGGGCCUAAUUGUAAAAGUUAGAAAAGCCAGCAGGUUAAGUUUGAGUAUUUAUUACAAUUGUUUUCCUUUAAAUGUGGGUUUUCUGUUACAUUACUCCACUUUGAGUACAUUGCUGCUACUUCUGA